AUGUAAAAAGCUGAUGAUCUAUUCUUAUAUAAAGAUCAUAAGCACUUAAUGGCAGCGGUUCGAAGUGAAUUAAAAUUUAGGUACAAGGACACAUCGCUCAGAAGGACAAAUAGCUCGCAUCUAACUAUCAUUUUAAAAAAUCCAAAGAUCUCAUUUUUAAAAAAGAAAAUAAAUUUAAAAUUAAAAAAUAAACAAAAAUCAAAUAAUAUGAAAAAAUAAAAUAAAAAACAAACAAACAAAUAAAUAAAUAAAAACAAAAUAAAAAGCAAAUAGAUAAAUAAAUAAAUAAAAUUAACAAAUAAAAUAAAAAAUAAAAUUAAGAUAGAAUAUCCACAAAAUAAAAAAAUAAAUUACAAGAAAAUAAAUAAAUAAAACAAACUAUUAUAAGCCUAAUUAAAUCUUCAGUUAUAAAAUAAUUUUUAAAUUGAUAAAAUAUAUUUAUUAUAAAUUAGAAUAACAAACAUUAAUUAUUGCUUUUUUUCAUUUUUAACAGAAAUAAAUUAUUUUUUAUGA